UCUGGUUAAGCCGUGGUCGUCACACACACAGAAACAGAGAGAGAGAGAGGAAGAAGAAGAAAUAAGAGAGAGAAAGUAGAGAGAGAAAGCUAGAAGGGAGGAAGGCCUGUUGAUGUACGAGCUCUGUCACCUGCAAUCUGAUACCUGAAGAGAUAAAGAGAUAGAAGGCGACGAGAGAGAGAGAAGUGGAGAGAGGGAGAGAAAGAUAGGAGGGUUGAGCAUAAAUCAAGGAAAUUUGAGGAGAAUUUGGUGUUCCCUCCUUCGAUUCUAGGGUUUUUCUUUGUGGCAGUUUCAUCGGUACGUGUGCAGAGAAGCUGAGGGAGUGGUGAACGUGUGAGAGGGGUAGAGAAGUUGAAUUUGCAGUAUCGAGCACGCUCUGUGAUUUUUAUCUGGUUUCUGGUAGAGGCGAGCUGGAUCUGAGAAGUUCCUGAGAGUUUUUUGCCAUUUAGAAGCUGUUUUGGAUUCAGAUGAAACAGAUCUAAGCUUAGAAAACAUUGAGAAAUGGCGACUUCGGAGGUUUCGAUGAAGGGAAAUCCCAUGCACGGUAACGGAGAUGGCCUCUCCUCGGGUUACAGCGACCCUAAAGAGGCGAGGAACGCCACCGCCGGCGAGGGGCAGAAGAAUCAUUCUACACGAUCUGCUGUCGUCGACCCUGAGGCUGCGCUUUACAGGGAGCUAUGGCAUGCCUGCGCCGGUCCGCUAGUGACCGUCCCCAGAAAAGACGAUCGUGUCUUCUACUUCCCUCAGGGACACAUCGAACAGGUGGAGGCAUCGACGAGUCCGGGAACAGAGCAGCAGAUGCCGGUUUAUGAACUUCCGUCGAAGAUCCUUUGUCGGGUGAUUAACGUAGAUUUGAAGGCAGAGCCAGAUACCGAUGAAGUGUUUGCCCAAAUUACUCUGAUUCCUGAGGCUAACCAAGAUGAGGCUGCAGUCGAGACAUUGCCGCCUCCACCACCGCCUCCAAGGUUCCAGGUGCACUCGUUUUGCAAGACCUUGACUGCAUCGGACACAAGUACGCACGGUGGGUUUUCUGUGCUUAGACGCCAUGCCGAUGAAUGCCUUCCGCCUCUGGAUAUGUCACGACAACCUCCAACGCAGGAGCUAGUUGCUAAGGACUUGCAUAGAAAUGAGUGGCGUUUCAGGCAUAUCUUCCGAGGUCAACCACGGAGGCAUUUGCUCCAGAGCGGAUGGAGUGUGUUCGUUAGCUCCAAGCGGCUUGUUGCAGGAGAUGCAUUCAUAUUUCUGAGGGGUGAGAAUGGGGAACUACGUGUUGGAGUGAGGCGGGCAAUGAGACAGCAGGGAAAUGUUCCAUCUUCUGUUAUAUCUAGCCACAGCAUGCAUCUUGGCGUACUGGCUACUGCAUGGCACGCCUACUUGACGAAGACUAUGUUUACAGUUUAUUACAAGCCAAGGAAGAGUCCGUCUGAGUUUAUUGUUCCAUUUGAUCAGUACAUGGAGUCUGUCAAGAAUAACUACACCAUAGGUAUGAGGUUCAAAAUGAGAUUCGAAGGCGAAGAGUCUCCUGAGCAAAGGUUUACUGGAACAGUUGUCGGGUUUGAAGACGCCGAUCCCAAAAGAUUUCCAAACUCUAAGUGGAGAUCCCUCAAGGUAAGAUGGGAUGAAACCUCUACUAUUCCUCGACCUGAUCGUGUAUCUCCUUGGAAGAUAGAGCCUGCGCUUGCACCUCCUGCUCUGAGUCCUGUCCCGAUGCCGAGGCCAAAGAGGCCCAGACCUACCAUUGCGCCAUCAUCUCCUGAUUCUUCAGUGCUUACUCGUGAAGGCUCAUCUAAGGCAACCAUGGACCCUUUACCUGCAAGUGGACUUUCAAGGGUCUUGCAAGGCCAAGAUUACUCGUCCUUGAGAGGGAAACUCACAGAGAGUGUUGAGUGCAAUGCUCCCGAGAAUUCUGCUGUCUGGCCGCCCUCUGUAGAUGAUGAUAGGGUUGUGGUUUCUGUGUCUAGAAGAUAUGGAUCUGAGAACUGGAUGUCAUCGGGGAGGCAUGAGCCGACUUAUACAGAUUUACUUUCUGGAUUUGGGUCAAACGUUGAUACAUCCCACAAUCACCGGCUGCCUUUUACUGACCAUUCGGUGCGACCUUCUGGUCCUACGAAGAAACCAUUGGGUGGUCAGGAUGGCAAGUUCGAUUACGUCGGUAACCAGUGGCCAUUGAUUCACUCUGGCCUUUCUCUCAAGUUGCCCGAGUCAUCAAAGGUACCUUUUGUUGGCGAUGCCUCAUUCCAUGGACAUGUCAACGUUAAAUAUGGCAGAUCUAAAGAAUAUCCAGUGCUUCAUGGUCCCACCAUGGUUGAGAAUGCUUGUGGGAACUGGCCAAUGCCUCCUCAUGCAGUGAACUAUUUUGAGGAUAUGGCUCAGAUUAGGGAGCAUGUGGCAAAGCAACCUGCAAUGAGACAAGAGAAAGAGACUGGAAAAUCAAGAGAUGGAAACUGCAGGCUUUUUGGCAUUCCACUGGUCAGUCACUCGAUUGAGACAGAGCCGACAGAGCAAGUGUCUCAGACACAGAUCUUAUCGCCAAAGGUCCUGGAUCAAUCUGAUAAAUCUAAAGUACUAAAAUCAACAAAGGACCCACGAACCGAGCAGGUGGGAAGACAACCACAGACUGGUCAGAUCCAUCAGCCGGAAACUGCGCAUGGCAAAUCAAAUUCAACGAGGAGUUGCACGAAGGUUCACAAGCAAGGAAUUGCACUCGGUCGGUCAGUGGAUCUGUCAAAGUUCCAUGACUACAGUGAGUUAGUGGCUGAGCUCGAUAGGUUGUUUGAGUUUAAUGGGGAGUUAAUGGCUGCUCUGAAGAAGGAAUGGUUGAUUGUUUACACAGAUGAUGAGGGAGAUAUGAUGCUUGUCGGAGACGAUCCAUGGCAACACAUUGGUAUGAAAUGGCAGGGAGUUUUGUUGCAUGGUAAGGAAGAUAUUCAUAUACACAAAAGAGGAAGUGCGGAAGAUGAACCCGGGGGCUCUGAAUGCAAGGAGCGAGGAAGAUGCAGCUGUUGCAGAAGGAUCCGACGCCAAGUCUGCAUCGAAUAAUGUCAAGAAAGGCCAGCAUUCAUGCCAAGGAGUCGAGGGAGUGAAGAAGGAGCAAAGUGCAAUUGAAACUACCGUCUCCACCCCUUUCUCCCCUUAAUCUCAGACCACACACUCACUCUGCAAGCUCCUCUGAAUUUACGGGUGUGUAUAUAUAUAAAGAAAAUCCAAUUUUGGAAGUAUUUCGUGGGCCUUAGCUUAGUAUCUCUUUUGGCAUUAUAAAUAAUAUAUAUAUAUAGCUGAAUGAAAACGUGGAAUGCCCUUAUAUUAUUACACCGAUGGGUGUGGAGGUCUUGUUAUUAUUGUUGUUAUAGGUAUUUCCAGUGUACAUAAAUUGAAGCGUCUUUGCGUGUAGUAAGGAUUUUGCUGGAGGCAGUAUUCACUUCCGUA